AUGGCCGCGCGCCCCGGCCCGCUCUGGCUCCUGGGUCUGGCGCUCUGCGCGCUGAGCGGCGGCAGCCCCGGCCCGCGGCCCGCACCCGGCUGUCCGCAGCGUCGCCUGGGCGCGCGGGAGCGGCGCGACAUGCAGCGCGAGAUCCUGGCGGUGCUCGGGCUGCCCGGGCGGCCCCGGCCCCGCGCGCCGCCCGCCGCCGCCCGGCUGCCCGCGUCCGCGCCGCUCUUCAUGCUGGACCUCUACCACGCCAUGGCCGGCGACGACGACGACGACGGCGGGCGCGCGGAGCCGGGCCUCGGCCGCGCUGACCUGGUCAUGAGCUUCGUCAACAUGGUGGAGCGCGACUACGCCCUGGCCCACCAGGAACCCCACUGGAAGGAGUUCUGGUUUGACCUGACCCAGAUCCCGACAGGGGAGGCAGUCACGGUCGCUGAAUUCCGGAUUUAUAAGGUGCCAAGCACCCACCAGGUCAACAGGACCCUCCACGUCAGCAUGUUUGAGGUGGUCAAGGAGCACUCCAACAGGGAGUCUGACUUGUUCUUUUUGGAUCUUCAGACGCUCCGAGCUGGUAACGAGGGCUGGCUGGUGUUGGACGUCACAGCAGCCAGUGACCGCUGGCUGUUGAACCAUAACAAGAACCUCGGACUCCGCCUCUAUGUGGAAACGGAGGAUGGACACAGCGUGGACCCUGGCCUGGCCGGUCUGCUGGGGAGCCGGGCGCCGCGCCCCAAACAGCCCUUUGUGGUCACUUUCUUCAGGGUGAGCCCAAGUCCCAUCCGAGCCCCGCGGGCAGUGAGGCCGCUGAAGAGGAGGCCGCUGAAGAAAACCAAUGAGCUGCCGCAGCCACACAGGCUCCCGGGCAUCUUUGAUGACAUCCACGGCUCCGUUGGGCGUCAGGUGUGCCGGCGGCACGAGCUCUACGUCAGCUUCCAGGACCUGGGCUGGCUGGACUGGGUCAUUGCCCCCCAAGGCUACUCGGCCUAUUACUGUGAGGGGGAGUGCGCCUUCCCGCUAGACUCCUGCAUGAACGCCACCAACCACGCCAUCCUGCAGUCCCUGGUGCACCUGAUGAAGCCUGAGGCCGUCCCCAAGGCGUGCUGUGCGCCCAUCAAGCUGAGCGCCACCUCCGUGCUCUACUACGACAGCAGCAACAACGUCAUCCUGCGCAAGCACCGCAACAUGGUGGUCAAGGCCUGUGGCUGCCACUGAGGCCACACCCGCCUGGGCCUGCUGCAGCCUUCCUGCCCCACCUAGUCAGGCCCCUCUCCAGGCAGGAAGCCCUCAAAUGCAGUCAUACUUCAGGCAGGGGUGGGAGGGAGGGCCCUCUGAGGUCAGCACAAUCCCCUGCCCACUUCCUGCCAGGGCUCUGGUCUUCUCCAGGACCCUCUGUUCCUCUUACCCUGGGGUUUGUGGGAGACUGUCCUUCCCCAAUCCUGGUGAGCCUAAGGCACACAGCAGCCAUGGAGGUGUGUGCUGAUGGGGGCGCCUGGGGUCAGCACCAAAGUCCUAUCUAUCUUGGGACCUGUCUGUGGCCAAGCCAGGGAAGUCCAAGGAGCAUCUGAUUCCCAAGGUUGGCUGGCUCAGGCUUUCCACCCUUCACCACAAGGUUUGGGUGUGGGCAGUCAGGGGGUCUUCCCCUUCCCAAGGGCAUAAUUAGACAAAAUGGACAUGCCUCAGCACAGUGUCUUCUUGGACUCAUAACUUGGCCUCCAGACACAGUGAAGCAUAUAGGUCAGAAACAGAACAAGCUGGAUGGGCCUCAUGACCUAAGGCUGAAGCCAAUGGGGAUGUUUGAUGGCAUUUGUCUUUCCAUCUUCCUAUGCUGGGCCUGUCCCUGCUGCUGCCUGGGGAAGAGAUGUGACCCCGCAGAAAACCUAAGAACUUGGGGCUUCCAGCUCCCUCAACCACCUCCACCAUGUUGACCCUUUUGGAGCCCAGCACUGAGACAAAGCUAACUCUUGGCAGAAGCAAGGACAGCAGCUGCUAUGAGUGGUCUGGGCUGGCACAGCACAGAUGAUACCAUUUCCUACAUGCUCGGCCAUGGCCAACAUCACUAAUCAACCUGGAUUCUUUCUCCACCAAACCCAGACAGGCCUCAAAACCCUCCACAGAAGAGCUCCAAACAGCCACUACCAACCAUUCAUAGUUGGAACAAACCCUGCGCAGGAGCAGUCCAUUCCCCACAGAGCAUGAAAGGGCUGGGCAGCCUGUGGCCAGGCAGGAUGCAAGGGAGGGUAAGCCAGUGCCCACCAGCUUCUAGGCAUUAAGAACAAACUAGUCAUCAGUCUGUGUCACCUGUGUGCCCAGGAGCCCUGUCCUGGUUCUUGGGGCCUGUGAGCCAAAAAGGCCCCUGUCCCAGGGGAGUGACAGGCAGUAAUUAAGCUGAGCUGGGUAGGGAGGUUUGUCUCAGCUUCCAGUGUUCCGGGAAACCACAGUUCUUGGAACAGCUGCUGGGAGCUGGAGUGUUUAUUUGAUUUCUGACUCGCUAAGCCUGUAAUUAACCUGCUGGUGCAGACAACAUCCAGCUGCACAAACCCUGAAAUACCGUCAUUAAAAGCAGCUCCUGGGCCCGCCCUGUCCACAGGCCCUGCCCAGGGAUGCGCAUCUCCGAGGAGGGACCUCCAGGAGAGCAGGUCUGGCAGGGCAGGGGCUGUGCUGCAGGACAGCAGCCCCUCCACCUGGACCUGGGAGACCCUCUGCUGCACAGAGGGCGGGCCCACCUGUCAACUGAGUUGCCCAUCAGCCUAGGGCGUCAAGCACAAGCUGGCAGGUGUAGGACGUGACACUGGCCCAGAUGUGAGACCUGUAUCUGGUUCCAGAUCAGCCACUGACUUGCUUGGUGUCUGGACAAGUCCCCUUCCAUAUCCAUGCUUCAGUUUCCCAUCUGUGACAUGAGGAUAUGGGACUCUCAUCUCCAGAGGCCCUUCCAGCCAAAGAAUCUGCUUGCCACCCUAUCCUGUCCUCACUCACAGCCGGAGAAUCCACAGCUGCAUCUCCACUCACAGAAGGCUGCCAUGUGACAUGCUGUCCACCUGCUGUUUCAGGACCUUACUUGACAGCUCUCCUCCCAACAUCAAGGACAGCAGAGGCUUGGAAAUUAGCUGAUUACUUGACAACUAAAUGUCAACGUUUGGUGUCUUCAAUGCCCAGCACACAACCGGGUGGUGGGGGGAGGGGGGGUGCCAGGAGCUCGACAAAGGAAUGCUUUGAAAGCGCAGACUUGGCCUUGCCCAUCGGCGCGCAGAGCAGGAACAUAAGCACCAUGAUACUCCUUGUAAGCUGCGGCUUUCCUGACAGACUUCCAGCGCCCACAGCCACCCAGGCAGCCACCAAAGAAAAUGAAUAGAAAAGGCCUCAGGGAAGUGAGGCAAUUGCAGACACAAAGCCCAUGAGGCAGGGUCAUUUGGGCUCAGAUCCAGUUACCACGACAAGCUUGUCUACCUGCUGCCUCUGCAGCCCAGAUAACACUCGAGGCUGCACAUCAGGAGGAUAAAUGAGGGCAGUCAGCUCAGGCCCACUGACAGCAAUAGAUAAGCGAUGACAGGAAGGAAGUUCACCAAGGACCACUCAGCGGGGGCAAAUGGCUUUGUCCACCUCAAACACCCCAGGGACAUCUUCACAAAUGCUGCACUGGCCCCAGUGCCAGGUCACCACACAAAUGACAUUCUCUAAUGUGUCUCUGUGUAGGGACGUGGGUAACACGCUUUGGAGAAAUUCCCUACGAAGUCACAGGGAAGGAGCGAACAAGUAGACCUGGUGUGGAAUUCUCUGCCUUUUGACUAAAUGACACAGCGUCUGAGGCUGCUGCUUGUGCCCCAAUCCGGGGGCCGGAUUUGUCCACAGGGCACUCAGCACGGUGUCUGCACAGAUGCGUUAAAUAACUAGUAUUCUGUUAGUGGUCAUAUUUUAAAUGAACUUGCAACUUCUGAGCCUCUCCUGAGUGCCUUCAUAUUAAAACUCAAUUCUCCAAGGAUGUAUCCUGGAGUUGCUGCUGUAGUUACUUCAAAGCUCUGCUCUUCCUAGAUUCUAAACUGGGUCAUCCCUUGGGAUGAGGUGAGGCCUUGCACCUGCCAUGGGGGUGACCAGCAAUGCGUCGGCCUCUGCUCGGGGCAUGGCAGUGCCCUGCCCUUGUGCUCUCAGAGAUGCUGGCAUCUCGCAGUCCUGCUAGCAGGCACAGCGCCCAUGGUGCCCUGUGGGAAGCUGAAGGGGAAAACUUUCUAUUUAAGGUUUCUCUUCUUAGUGGGAAGCCUUGACCAAGGAUCUGACCCUCUUUAAAAUAAAAAAAACUUUUUUUUCUGUCUUAAAAAAAAUUAUAUGUGCCGGGGAAAAUUUUGAAAGUAACAAACACAGAAUACAACCACCUACGAAACCACCACAGAGAGAACAGUGUUAAUAAUUCCUUCCAGUCUUUCUUCUUGGCGGGUGUUUUUGUCUUUACAUAGAAUAGACAUUUUACAGAGUUAGGAUCAUACUCUAUGUACUGUUUGAU